UGAGUGAAGCUACAACUAUUUUUAUUGAAAAGUUUCCAUGUGUUUUGUCUUUUGUUUCUUUUCCUUCAUUCCAAGUAGUUAAAUAAAAUGGCUAAAGAAUUUCAGUACUCUCGAUGGCUAAAUAUUGCCGUUAGGGAGAUAUUUACCGAAAUUGAGAAAUGUUGCAGCAACAAAAAAGAAGGCGAGUUGGAAAAUCACUGUACAAUUGGUGGUACCACACAACCAGCCAGUCUUCACACAUUAUUUCCUCUGCAAUCGGUUACGGCACUGGAUCUGAUAGACCACCGAAGCGUGUCUCUGCUGACGAGUCCUUCAGGUAGAAAAAUCUAUUCCUGCCUAGGAAGCUUGGGUACACCUUACCUCAUCCCCUAUACUGGAUUCACUUGUACAUGUCCUUCUUACCGGCAUAAUCUUAACAGCGAAAACUUAUGGUGUCCACAUCUUCUGGCCGUUCAAUUAAGUAUCGCAAUGGACAUUGUUCAACAGAAGCAAGUCACUGAAGACGCUAUGAAGACUUUGUUGAGCGAACUAGUUAUGUUUGAUGACUGAAACUCCCGUCUUCCACUCUUUUCUUGCCUAGUAUUUUUAUCUAUUUGAAUUAUCAUUCAACCAUGUUGGAAUAUCUAAGAAACCUUACCAGAAGAAGAAUGCAGUACUUGCAAACCAAUAAACUUCUAUUUCUGACUUCUAAUGUUACCAUAACACGUGGGACAUGAAUGAUUGGGGAUUAAGACAAAAUUUUAAGAUACCCAUUUAUCCCUUGA